AUGAUUGAGGAAAUUGAAGUGGAGAAACUUAUUUCCAAGACCGAAGUCAAGGAUGACAUUGAUGUUCUCAUCAAUAUCAUAUGUCAACUUGUAGACCGUCAGGACGAGGAAAUCCUCGCCGACGAAGGACGGGUCACAACCCAGAUUCCCGAUCCGUCCAUUCACUGCAAAUACUGGGAGUCAUUUGGAGUCCCAGCCAUUAUCACGGCAAUCGAGAAGAAAUAUGCCAACGCGAAGAAGAUGGAUAUCCCAAAGGAAUUUCUGACUUCAAAGGAAACCAAAAUGAGCGAUUACAAGCAAAUCACCGUCAAGGAUAUCAUUGAUUUUGUCAAGGGAGACCCUAAAACUUUCCCCAAGGGCCUGGACACUCCAGUUCUAAGUGGGGACAUGGAAUGCAACUACACGCACGGAAAACAUGAAAUUCAGUUCAUGAAGAAGGAUGAUGUCCUCAAGGAGAAUGUCGUGUGUCUUGGCUACGAGAUGCAUGAAAACAUCUAUGAAUAG